CAGAGGAGAGGAGACAACGGAAGAUGUAUAGCUUGCUGCAGAUAUACGGUCCUUCCUAGCAAAUCCAUACCCCUCAUUCACAUCUUGAGCUAGCGAAUCUUCUUUUUAUUGACAUCAUCAACUUGCAAGCUGAAGAAAAGGAGCCUGAUCUGGCUAUGGAGGAUAGGGAUGCUCUGCUGGACAUGGAUUUUAUGGGUGAGCAGCCGAGCACUGACUGCUAUGGGAGCCUGCGGAAUGGCGGGUUUAUACCCCACCGCUACCUAGCUGCUGCUCACGAAGAUGAAUAUGAGGAGCCCCUGUACAUCCAGUGUGACAAGAAUGAUAGUUUACCCCCCCAUCCCCAUGGAAACUACUUCAGAGAUGGGAGAACAAAAAUAGACUUUGUGCUGGUGUGGGAAGUGCGGUCCCAGAGAAAGAGACAGUCCCGGGCCAAGGGGUGCGGCAAGAGUGUGGGCGAUACUGAAGCUGGAGCUGAGGAGGGGGGCAGGUCAGAACGACACAAGGCCCAGCUGGCCCAAUGGAGGGACAAAUUCAUCCGUAAUCUGCAGAAUGCCAGACUUUUUUUGGAAAAGGAGGAGACCGUGAUUGAGAAGAAAACCAUCCACUAUCUGAAGCUGAGCGCCCCCUGGGACGUAUUAGUGUACUAUGCUGAAGAGCUUUGCCUUAGAGCACCCCUUCAGGCGCAGCCAAAUCCAGACCACAACACAUCAGAUCAGAUGAUUAAAAAAUUAUGUCUUCCGAACAUCAUGGCGGAGUACGUUCCUAACAAGCCAGUGAACUACUACACCUGUGCCUUUCGCAAAUCCAAGAUGGACAAGUUCCUGGGUUCUGAGAAUCAUGGCACCUACUUUACUAACACACAGCGGCAUCGUAUUGUGUAUGAGAUUCUAUCGCGCACAGCUUAUGGCAAGCGGAAGUGGGCGGAAGUGGGCGUGGCACGGUUGCUAAAUGAGGGGGCUCUCACUGCAGCAUUCCCACUUCAUGAGGGUCCAUUUGACAGACCAGAACACGAGUUUCUGCCUGAAGAGUUGAACCAGCGGCAAGUUUUGUUCCACUACUGGGCCCACUGGUCCAAAUGGUACAAAUACCAGCCUCUGGACCAUAUCCGAGAAUACUUUGGAGAAAAAAUUGCCAUUUAUUUUGCAUGGCUGGGUUUCUACACAGCCUGGCUUCUUCCAGCAGCAGUAGUUGGAACGCUUGUGUUUCUGUCAGGAAUCAUAUCGAUGGGGACCAAUACCCCAGCGGAGGAGAUCUGCAGCAGUGGGGGACAUUAUCUCAUGUGUGCCCUCUGUGACACCUGCCAGACCUGGAACUUGUCCGACACUUGUCUCAUGGCAAAGAUGGGCUACCUUUUCGACCAUCCAGGCACAGUCUUCUUCAGUGUUUUCAUGUCCUUCUGGGCUGUUACCUUCCUGGAAUACUGGAAGCGCAAGAAUGCUACCCUAGCAUACCACUGGGACUGCAGAGAUUUCCAUGAAGAAGAGGAGCGUCCCAGAGCAGAGUUUGCAGCUAUGGCCCCUGCGAUAGAGAACAACCCUGUGACUGGUGUGAAGGAGCCCUACUUCCCAAAACAAGCACGACUCUCCCGCAUGCUGACAGGCUCCAUGGUCAUCGUGGUGAUGCUGUCUGUAGUUAUGAUUUUCCUGGUGACUGUCAUCAUGUACCGCAUCAUAGUCAGUGGAAUGAUAAACCAUAAAGAAACUGCUGUUCUGCGAACUCAGGCGGGUAACAUUGCCAACAUCUCCAGCAGCAUGGUGAACCUGGCACUGAUCCUGCUGAUGGGGCAGGUUUACACUGCCAUGGCUGAACAGCUAACUAAGUGGGAAAUGCACAGAACCCAGACGGACUAUGAGGAUGCAUUCACCUUCAAAGUAUUCAUCUUCCAGUUUGUGAAUUUCUACUCUUCCCCAUUCUAUGUGGCAUUCUUUAAAGGAAGGUUUGUGGGAUAUCCUGGUCACUAUGGAACCUUGUUUGGCAUGAGAAAUGAAGAUUGUGGUCCUGGUGGUUGCCUGAUUGAACUGGCCCAGCAGCUCUUCAUCAUAAUGGUGGGGAAGCAACUCAUCAGCAAUAUCCAGGAAUUCCUCAUCCCGAAGAUAAAAGCAUGGCGACAGAGGCGACAGCUAUCUGGGAUCAGGGGCGCACAGGUACCCCGGGAACGCCAUCGAUGGGAGAAGGACUACACACUCAUUGAGUGCGAGGGUCUCUUUGAGGAAUACCUGGAGAUGGUCCUCCAGUUUGGCUUCAUCACCAUCUUUGUAGCAGCCUUCCCGCUGGCCCCGCUAUUUGCUUUGCUUAACAACUGGGUAGAGAUUCGUCUGGAUGCCCACAAGUUUGUAUGCGAGUACCGGCGUCCCGUGGCUGAGCGUGCCCAGAACAUAGGAGUCUGGUUUAAUAUACUGGAAGCCCUUUCCCACCUGGCUGUCAUUAUCAAUGCUUUCUUGAUUGCCUUCACCUCUGACUUCCUCCCCCGACUUCUGUACAAAUACAAGUUUGACAACAAUCUGAUGGGUUACGUCAACUUCACGCUCGCCUAUGCACCUCUAAACAAUAGUUUCUCUAAUCACAGCUCUUCAGACAACCCCUUCAAUGCUACCAUAUGCAGAUAUAAAGCCUUUCGUGACAACAACGGCAACUACACAUUCUUCUACUGGGAACUUCUUGCCAUCAGACUUGGUUUUAUUAUUGCUUUUGAGCACGUGGUAUUCUUCAUCUUGCGUGCCAUUGAUUGGAUGGUCCCCGAUGUGCCAGAAUCGCUGGAGCUACAAGUGAAGCGGGAGCGUUACCUGGCCAAGCAGGCACUGGCAGACAAUCAGGAGGCCCUGCUGCAAGCAACGCGACUGCUGGCCCCAUGAGCCAAUCUACAAGGGAGAAUCUGGAUCAACACCUGCAGCUGAGGAAUGUGUGCUUACAGUUUGCCUGUCUGCUUGACUGCAUUAUGUUUUUGAAUGCAUGACCUCACUUGGUUGGCACUUAUCUUGCUUUUAUAGAUUUUCUUUAUAAACUUCCUUUCCUCCUGCCGAUUUUUCAAAAGAUGUAUGUUAUUUAUUUUUGAGUAGGUUUGGAGAUUAAGAAUGAGUCGAAUAACACAGUAUAAAAUUAUCCAGUAUUACAAAUCGUUUUGUAGAUAAUCAUUACAAGCGCAUGCCAAACAAAUCUAUACUUCCUUUCUAUAUUAUUGUGAUAUACAUAUUUUGAAGACAUGUUUGAAAGCUGUUCUCUCUUAUAAUGUAUUAGGGUAAAAACUAUAUUAGGUACAGUAUUAUUUCAAAGUAAAUAUAUGACUGCUUGGCUCUAGUUAUAUUUUUUUCUAUUUGCAUCCAGUUGAUGUAUUUUGACUGUAACAUAAAUAAUAAUUGCAAAUUUCUUCUUCUGACUGCUGAUCUUACUCUGCCUAAUGAAUUAUAUUCCAAUUAGGGAGCAUUAUUGAUGAAAUAACUUGAUUAAAUUAUAUAUGUACACACACACACACACACACGCACACACACACACACACAGUACCACUGAACUUUGGACAGGCCAAGACGCCUACAAAGGAAAGUGAUAGAGUGUUGCAUCACGUGAUUUGGCCACCUGACCUAAACACAGUACAAAUGCUUUUGGAGGAGUUUGACCAGCGAGCGAAGGAAAAGCAGACAGCGAGUGCCCAGCAUAGGUGGGUCCUCCUGCAGAACAGCUGGAAAAGCAUCGCAGGAGGCCACCUCAUGGAAUCGGCAUAGAGGGGACAGUAGGGUCAGCCAGUCCCUGGAGCAGUUAGGGGUUAAGUCCCAACCCACAUAGCUACCCCCCCCACCCCCAAAAAUAUUUUUUUGAUCAGUCCAUAAUUCCAUAUAUGUUAUUUUUUUAUAGUAUUUAUAUCUUUAUAAGCAUUCUAAAAUGCAGAGAAUUAUACAAAGUAACCAGUCUAUGGGCAGGUGUGUCCAAAGUUUUGACUGGUAUCGCAUAUACACAGUAAGGACAGAAGUACUGGGACACGCCUUUCAAUAAUGGAAUUUUGCUGUUUCAUUCAGAUUAUUGCCACAAGUGUAUAAAUUCAAGCAUCUUGCCAUGCAGUCAGGUUUACAGACAUUGUGAAAGAAUGGGUCACUCUGAAGAGCUCAGUGAGCUGUACUCUCAUAGGAUGCCACCUUUGCAAUAAGACAGUUUCUGAAUUUCUUACCUGCUAGAUAUUCCACAGUAAACUCUUAGUGGCAAUAUGGCAAAGUUGAAGCAUUUAGAAACAACAGAAACGCCACAAAGUCACAGACUACAUAAAGUAACAGAGUGGAUUUGCCUAGUGUUGAGUCAUAUAGUGCAUAAAAGUCAACGCCCUGUUAUCUUGAUAAUUUCCAAAUUUCCUCAGACAUUAACCCCAGCAGAAAAACUGUGCUCUGGGAACUUCAUGGACUGGGCUUCUAUGGCCAAGCAACUUCAUGAAAGGCUCACAUCACCAAGCACAAUGCCAAGCGUCGAAUGGAGUGGUGUAAUACACACCACCACUGGACUCUGGUGCAGUUUUCACAUAAAUAGGUAGAUAAUUAUAUGUGAAUACAGUUGUUACCAAGGCAUCUACUUGCAAAGCCUGUCACUUUUUUCAAGAACUUAAAAGCCUCUGGCCUGGUCAGUCACCUCACUGGACAGAAACUGGGAGAUGAAGACUAUCCAAAUACCGGUAGUCAGGCGCAUUUAUAUUUUCAGCAUGCAAUUACAGAGGAACCCAUUAUUCACUGGGCUCAGGGUCACUGAACUUCAAAGACCCACUAAGACUGAAGAUCCCCAGUAAUGUGGGCUCCCAAAUUUAUCAAACCUCAUAUCAAGUACACGUUGAAAUUUCUCUAAAACGUUUGACAAUUGAGAAAAUAAACCUACUGAGCUUUCCAGAGCUUCAUUCACGAGGCUCAGCAGGGAUACCAGUGGCAUGGCGCUGUGGAUCUAUGGCAUUGUUACUCAUAUUGCGCUUCCUGGAAAAAUUCAAUAUCCAGUUGAAGAAGACAUGCUUAUGCAAUCUAAUCAGUCAAUCAUAUAUCAACAGCACAAAGUACAAAAUCAUGCAGACACCGGUCAGAUCCUUCAGUUAAGUUUCAUAACACCAUAGUUGUUGGUGCCAGACUGGAUGGUAUGAGAUUUUAGAAUCUGCUGAACUAAUGGGAUUUUCAUGGACAACCAUCUCUAGGGUUUACUGAACAUGGACCAAAAAAGAUCUCAUUGAUGGCAGAGCUUAGAGAAUAAUGUUUAAUUUUUACAACCUGCUUGCUCGGUCUGAAUUUUCCAAAUUAAGUUAAAUGUGUCAAACAUGGUACAGCUAGCUAGCUGUCAAACUACAAUGUCAUGCAUUUAAAGAGUGAUUAUAUCUAACAUUACUGUUAGAUGGGUAAAUUGAUCUACCCCUUUCAUACCUUUAUAAAUACAUUACAGCCACAACCUAGUCAGUGAUAGAUAUCUGCUUGAACACGUUUUCCUAAUCAUCCAGGUUGCCAGAUUCCAUCGCGCAAAAUCAUAGCUUUGGUGUUAAAAUAUUUAGGAGGGGGGAAACUACAGUACAUUUGACAUUAAUAAAUGACAGGCCUCAAUUCAGGUCUAGUUGUCAGGUGGGCUACAAGAUUUUCUGGAGGGGUUGUGGAGGCCAUUCUUUAAAUGUUUUGUAUUGUCUUUGCUAGUGAUUGUGAUACAUGUUUUUGGGGGUGCAUCUACCUGGGCAAUUAUUCUCUGUUUCAUAACUGG